AUGCUUCGAAACGUCACUCGUCUUGCCCGACCUCUAUCUAUUCAACGUAGCGUCUUGUCAGCCACUCGUCUCAACCUUGGUGCUGUCGCUACUGCUGCUCGUACUUACGCUACUGCCAAGCCUUCUACUUCUGAAGUAUCUUCCAUUCUUGAAGAACGUAUCUUGGGUUCUUCUUCUGAAGCUAACCUUCAAGAAACUGGUCGUGUCUUGUCCAUUGGUGAUGGUAUUGCUCGUGUCUAUGGUUUGAAGAAUGUUCAAGCUGAAGAAAUGGUUGAAUUCUCUAGUGGUCUCAAGGGUAUGGCUCUCAACUUGGAAGCUGAUAAUGUCGGUAUUGUGGUGUUUGGUAACGAUCGUUUGAUUAAGGAAGGUGAUACUGUCAAGCGUACUGGUGCUAUUGUCGAUGUGCCCGUUGGUCCUGGUAUUUUGGGUCGUGUUGUUGAUGCUCUUGGUAACCCUAUUGAUGGUAAAGGUCCUUUGGAAACCACUGGUCGUUCUCGUGUGCAAGUCAAGGCUCCUGGUAUUUUACCUCGUCACUCUGUUAACGAACCUAUGCAAACUGGUAUCAAGUCUGUUGAUUCUAUGGUCCCCAUUGGUCGUGGUCAACGUGAAUUGAUUAUUGGUGAUCGUCAAACUGGUAAGACUGCUGUUGCUCUUGACACCAUUCUUAACCAAAAGAACUGGAACAAUGGUUCUGAUGAAGCCAAGAAGUUGUACUGUAUCUACGUUGCUGUCGGUCAAAAGCGUUCCACUGUUGCUCAAUUGGUCCGUACUUUGGAAGAAAAUGAUGCUAUGAAGUACACUAUUGUUGUUGCUGCUACUGCUUCUGAAGCUGCUCCCCUUCAAUACCUUGCUCCUUUCUCUGGUGCUGCCUUUGGUGAAUGGUUCCGUGACAAUGGUCGUCACUCUUUGAUCAUCUAUGAUGAUUUGUCUAAACAAGCUGUUGCUUAUCGUCAAAUGUCUCUUUUGCUCCGUCGUCCUCCUGGUCGUGAAGCUUACCCUGGUGAUGUGUUCUACCUCCACUCCCGUUUGUUGGAACGUGCUGCCAAGAUGAACAAAGACUUUGGUUAUGGUUCCAUGACUGCUUUGCCCAUCAUUGAAACUCAAGGUGGUGAUGUAUCUGCUUAUAUUCCUACCAACGUCAUUUCUAUUACUGAUGGUCAAAUUUUCUUGGAAGCUGAACUUUUCUUCAAGGGUAUCCGUCCUUCCAUCAACGUCGGUCUCUCUGUGUCCCGUGUCGGUUCUGCUGCCCAAACGAAGGCUAUGAAGCAAGUUGCUGGUUCUCUCAAGCUCUUCUUGGCUCAAUAUCGUGAAGUUGCUGCCUUUGCUCAAUUCGGUUCUGAUUUGGAUGCCUCCACUCAAUUCUUGUUGAACCGUGGUGCUCGUUUGACUGAAUUGUUGAAGCAACCUCAAUACACUCCCUUGUCUAUCCAAGUUCAAGUCCCCAUUGUGUUUGCUGGUGUCAAUGGUUUCCUCGACAAGAUCCCUGUCCAAAAGGUGGUUGAAUGGGAAAAGGAUUUCAUCUCUUACAUCUCUACUGAACACAAGGAUGUCCUCGAAGAAAUCCGUUCUCAAGGUGUUUUGUCCAAGGAUUUGGAAGGCAAGCUCCGUGAUAUUUGUGAUACUCACACCAAGUCUUUCAUUGCUUAGAUCCCUUUACAUAUAGUUUUUUUUUUUUAUUAUUAUUAUUUAUUUAUUGAUUGAUUGAUUUAUUUGUUUAUUUUAUCACUCCCCAUCUUUUUACUUUAGUAUCAUUACAGAAAAUGGUCAUCCCCCUCUUAUUCAUGGAAAAUUCAAUUGUUAGAACAGGAAACAUAAUAAUAAAUGUUGUACAUUAAACAAAAAAGGCAGUAGACAUGGAUGAUAUGGAAUGAUGGGAUGAUGAUGGAUGAUAUUCCUUUUUUUUUAGUUCUUCUUUACUAUCACA